CUACUUAGAUACCGCACUGCGAUGCUGAAAGAGUUCAAAUAGAACGAAAUUUAUUGUAUUUAUUGGAUACAAAAAUAGUUCCGGAAUAUUUAAAAAUUAAAAUAAAAUAAAAAUCACUCAAAGUGUUUCAAAAAUGUGAUCAAAAAGGCUCUAAAACGUGUCUUCAAACCGAAAAAAGAGAAAAAUUGAAACUAAAACGCAAAUAUUUGUCACACAAAACUACUGAAAAAGCUACAAAAAAAUGAACUUCCUGCACCUGUUAACCUUGUCACUGUUUUCCAUCGUCAUCCUCGCUGACACGUCUUGCGGUCCCAAAUUCAAGGGAAAAUGCACUUGCGGCUACACAACGUACGACGAUCGACGCCAAUAUGUCGUCAAUUGCACAGAUCAGGGCUUCACGAACACCACUGUGCUGGAAUACUUGCCGCUCGAAACGCAAGUUCUCAUUUUCACGGGAAACAACAUUCAGGAGCUGCCAUGGAACGUUUUUGGUGCCAUAGAUAACCUCACCGAGCUCAGCAUAGUUGACAUGAGCAACAACCAUAUACACGAAAUACGCGGAAAAUCCUUUCAUCAUGUCAUAAAUGUCCGUCGACUCAUCUUGAAUCACAACAAUUUGAGUAUUUCCAGCGACGAUGACGAGAUAAAUUUCCAUCAUCCGAGAGUUUUUUCGAAUUUCAUCAAUUUGCAAGAGUUGCACUUGACAAAUGCCUUUGCCGAUAACACUUCCUCCGAGUUGAGUGAGGAUUUGCACGACAUUUUCGUGAACAGCAACUUGACGCAGCUGCGAAAAUUGCAUCUGGAACAAAAUGAAAUCUCAAAAUUCCGUGAUAGGAAAGUUUUUUGCGACUUACCGCAUUUGAUGGACUUGCAUUUGGGCGACAAUCUCCUGAAAGACAUCAAUUUCGACGUAAAAUGCUUGAAACGUCUUCGAUUCAUCGAUCUGGAACGAAACAAAUUUGAAUAUUUGAAACAGCGUGAUUUGCAAGCACUUGAUGAUCUUCAAAAUUCGCGCAAAAAUCUCAAUUUAACGAUAGAUUUAAUGGACAAUCCCUUCACGUGCGACUGUCCCAUACAAACUUUUAAGUCGUGGGUCGGCAAAACAAACGUUACUGUACGAAAUUUGGAAAAUUACGUUUGCAUCCGGAAGACUCGGCGAAAUUACGUGUUAGAUCUCAGCUUGACGCGAUGCAAAGUAAAUUCGCAUAAAAAUGCAGCGACAGUAACUCAUACAGCGGCAUUGGUAUUUUUGCUGGUAGUACUUUCGUUUGUACUUGUGGCGUUGUUGGGAGCGUUAAUUUACAUCAGCAAAGAUCGCAUAAAGACGGUGCUGAAUCCCGCAUUGACACAGGUUUCGAAAAAAGUUCAGUACACCUCGAUAAAAGACGACGAUGCACCCGAGCAAUAUGUUUAGAAUAGAUUUUUUUGAGACUAAACUAGAUUUUUAAGGCACUUAGCUUAAUUUAAACUUCGUACUUAAAUAAUUAGAAAUAAAAAAAAAUAAUUUUUACACCUUUUGAGACACUUCGUGACACUUGUGAUCAAAAUUUCUCUUAACACUUUUUUUUAAUUUUGCAAAAAAAAAAUUAAUUUAUAAAAUCUAAUUAAAAAUUAAAUUUUCCUUA